AUGAGUCAAAAAGUGAUUUGUGUGGCCCGUGGUGCCGAUGGUGUUGAGAAUGCCUUCAGUCGCCUUGAUGAGACGCAAGUGCAGCUCCUAUACGCAAAGUUUCCUGUAGGCACAGGGACUUUCAUGCGUAAUAAAUUUAUUUACGUGAUAUUCAUUGGUCCCAAUUGCAGUGUGGUGAAACGAGGAAAAGGUAUUGCAGAGAUUAAUAAUUUCAGAAAUCAACUUCAAGGUGCCGCUGGUAUUACCGUAACAGAGAAGUCAUCCCUUUCUCUCCCUUCAUUGAUUCAACAAAUGCGCAAGGUGUUCGUUACAGACACCGGCAAUUUUUCUCUUGAAAAAAUUCAGGAGGACUACAAACGUUCCAUCGUUGAACAGGGGCGUAAAAUGCAUCGUGAUGUUGUUGUUCGCCCUGUGGUGCCUGUAUCACCGCAACCUGUACAAGAAGAAGAAGAUGAAGAAGAAGAAACGGAAUUGCCAAGUUUUACAUCCCUACAGCUCAGCAAUAUUGUCUGCGAGAUUCAGGAUAACGAGCGACGUAUUCUGGAUGCCCUUCACGCGGAUCUCGGUCCACUUAACUGGGCUACCUUUGAGGCAAAUCCUCUUCGGCUCACACUUGCAGAUGCCGGCAAUGGUGGUAUAUUUGAACUUGUAAAGCGACUACCAGAGACAAAGUGGCUCUUUGGUCUUUUCCGUAUUACACUUGGGCGACGGCAGGAUCGAAUGACACGUCUUAUCUUCUUCCAGUGGAUCGGUAAUAAACUCCGAUUAGUGCGUCAAGGGCCUACAACAAGAAUCUUUCCAAAGAUGGCCUCUAUUUUGGCUCCAUAUCAGUAUGAAAUUUAUCUUGUAGGUAAACAGGACUUAAAACCACAGGCAAUUAUUGAUAAGUGUCGACAUGCCUUUGAAGAUAAACUUAUGGCACCAAAACCUGGAGAAAACAAGAGUGAGAAUUUAAUUAAUGCAAAGGCAGGAUUACGUCAUAAUCCUUCUAAUGGAAAUUCAGGUACCACCAUGUUUACUGAAAAAGAAUACAAUGAAAUAUUACAGGAGGAACGAAGCAAAAUGGAUCUUAACUUUGAUUUUAUUCGCCCAAAGAAGAAAAAGAAGAGUUGUGCAACUGAUAUUGUUCCAAAAUCUAGCGAUCAGAGUGUAAUCUAUAACACCGAGGAAACAUUAAAGCUUAUUAAUCAGUCAGAGGGUGGUCUUAUUUGGGGUAUAUUUCAGGUUCAGUAA